GAUCACAGCACAUAGCGAGAUAGAAGCACACACCUUGCAGCCCCAUUGAUCCAGAUAAUCAUUGUUCUCUUGAAUAUCAAGCAUGUCAAGCGCCUCGGGAAUCCGUGUUUCACCGGACGUGGUCGAAGCAUGGAGCAAGGCGUGCAAGCCGGAGGUCGCCGACGUCAGGGCUCUCGUGCUCCAUAUCGAGAAAGACGCCUUCGUACUCAACAACACAAUUCCGGUCACAAAGUCAUUCAAGGAGGACAUCUCAACUUUGCCGAAGGAUGCCAAGACUUGCGCGACCUAUGUCUACCGGACGGACGACAAGGCCGGAUCCAGCGGGUGGCAUUGGGUUCUCAUCACCUUUGUACCGGAUCAAGCUGCAGUUAGAGCCAAAAUGCUGCACGCUUCUAGUAAAGGAGGUCUGCUAAAGUCGCUGGGGGAAGGUCGCUUCAAACAGAACAUGUUUUUCACUUCUCAGGACGACUUGACUCCCUCUGCGUUCGCGGCCCACCUGGACCACAUGAACGCUCCGGCUCCCCUAAGUAAGACAGAACAGGCACUUGCGCAAAUCAAGAUAUCCGAAGCGGAAGAGGCUUCUGCGCGAGUCGCUCGUCUCUUUGGAGGAGAAGGUUCUUCACAAGACCGGCCGACUUCCCCUGGAUUUGGUGUUUGGAGCGGCAAACUCAACCCCGCAGGAGGUCGAUCGGAAGCUCAGGCUCCAACUGGGCCUGCCAAGGGCAAUCUCAAAUGGGGCCAAGGAGUCGAGGAGGCUCUUCGCAAACUAAAAGCCGGUCACGCUGAGGGCCUGGGUGUUUUCCUUCAUGUCGACCCCAAAACCGAAUCUGUGGUGCUUGCCACCUCGGAAUCGGAGCAGCCCGUCAAGGUUGGCCCGAGCGCACUGGUCAAGAAGCUUUCUACGAAAGAGCCUUGCUAUACCUUUUACUCGUGGCCAAACGCAACCUCAGGCCCGACCGAACAAACAUCACUCGACGCGUCUGGCGAGGCCCCCAAAGCUUCGUCAGAGCCGAGUGCGAACGAUGCCGAGCCCAAGGUCGUGGUCUCGGAACCCGAGUCAUCUCAGACGAGCAAGAUUGCUUGCAUUUACACCUGCCCAUCCGCCAGUCCGGUGCGGUACCGUAUGCUUUACAGCUCCAGCCUCCGCGGGUUGAUCAGGGACGCAGUCGACAUCGUUCAACUGACGGUGGAUCAAAAGCUGGAAACGUCUGACGUCGAUGAUAUCACCGAGUCUUAUCUCAAAGCCGAACUCUUUCCCUCGUCGUCUCGAUCCGGGGCUGCUUCAGGUUUCAGGAUGCCUACGAAAGCGGCGUCGACCGACAACUCGAAGUCCCCUUCGCUUCGACAACCCAUCAGAGCCGCUACGGCAAUCUCGCAAUCUAGAUCGGCAGAUGCGUCGCCGCUCGUCAGCCCUUCCUCCGCUUCGCAACUCCCCUCGCCCGGCGAGCCAGAACGAUCAAACAGCGGCGGAGGCUUGCCCGAGUCUGCUUUCUCCAUGUUUGGCCCCCGUGUACAGGUGGGCAGUCCAGGAGGCGGAGGUUUCGCUCGACCCCGACCUGCUGGAAGGCGUUGAUAUUUCGCUUGAUGAUCCCCCUAUAACGUACAGCGAUCCUGCCUCCUUUUCUGGUCUCUUGGUGGCGGCAGCUUGCCUUUUCAUGAUCGACCGGCUCAUUGUAUUCUCGCAAACGGCGAAUGUGGUUCUUUUGGGUUACCAUGGCCAUCGUCAAAUGGAUCAUUGCAUUCCGUGUGGUCAGAAAGCUUCCGAGACGAGAUGUGGGAGGUCCCGGGCAAACCGCUUUGCAUCCGCAUGGAGCCGCUGCAGCAGCGCACCCGGGGAGCGAGAGAGUGGGCAGCAGCAGCAGGACCCCUCCAUGAUGGAUCUAUGGAAGGGGGAUGCGAUGAAAUGGGACAUGGGGGUGUGAUUGAGGA